CCUUCCUGCGGCACGGGCGGCGGGCGCCUCGUCGCGGCGCCCACGUGUCCCUGAGGAUGCCGAGGGCCCCCAGCGGCCGCGCCGCUUCCUCCCCCUCGGCAUGGCCAGCGCCCCCGGUGACCGGCAGGGACCCUCCGGGCCAGAGGGGCGCCCUUCCCCCGGCCGGGGCCAAGCCGGCUCCUCGUCCCCCUCGCUUUACGCUCUAGCGGUGAAGCCCUCGCCCCUCCCGGGCACGGGGCAUCCCGCUCUGGGUUGUUCCGGGCCCAGCGGCCCCAUGAGCCUUCCCCCGCGGGGGGCGUCCCCACUCGCGCCCCUCCCCCCACUUGGCCGUGCGCCUCUGGCAGCGCGGGGGCGGGAAGGCAGAGUACUUGGUUUCUUGCGAUGGAGAGAUGGUGGGGCGGGGGAAGUGCGCGCCUAACAGCCGUUUGGACACUGGGUUCCCAGGGAGCCGCCCCAGAGCUUAAUGAUUGCCCAGACGGUGGCUAUAAAGGGAGCCGGGGAGCCCAGCACCGGAGACAGACUGAAAGCCCCAGCUCGGCAGUCUGUGGGUGGCCAAGAACGGCAGGCGGGCUUGGGGCGGCCCUAGCAGCGGGCAGGCUCCCCUGCUCCUUCCUGGUGGACACCAUGGUCACCCAAAGCUAUGGGUAUUACCGAACUGUGAUUUUUUUGGCCAUGUUUGGGGGCUACAGCCUGUAUUACUUCAAUCGGAAGACCUUCUCCUUUGUCAUGCCUUCACUGGUAGAAGAAAUCUCUCUGGACAAGGAUGACUUGGGACUCAUCACCAGCAGCCAAUCAGCGGCGUACGCCAUCAGCAAGUUUGUGAGUGGGGUGCUGUCCGACCAGAUGAGUGCCCGGUGGCUUUUCUCCUCCGGGCUGCUCCUGGUUGGACUGGUCAAUGUGGCCUUCUCCUGGAGCUCUACAGUGUCUGUCUUUGCCAUCCUGUGGUUUCUUAAUGGUUUGGCGCAAGGGCUGGGCUGGCCCCCCUGUGGGAAGGUGCUUCGAAAGUGGUUCGAGCCAUCCCAGUUUGGCACCUGGUGGGCCAUCUUGUCAACCAGCAUGAACCUGGCUGGAGGGCUGGGCCCCAUCAUGGUGACCCUCCUGGCACAGAACUACAGCUGGCGUAGCACUUUGGCACUUUCAGGGGCGCUGUGCGUGGUCGUCUCCUUCCUCUGCCUCCUCUUCAUCCAUAAUGAGCCAGCAGAUGUUGGGCUACAAAACCUCGACCCUACCCCCAAAAAGGGCAAGAAGGGCUCCCAGGAUGACGACAGUACUCUACAGGAACUGCUGCUGUCCCCAUACCUGUGGGUUCUCUCCACUGGCUACCUUGUGGUAUUUGGAGUAAAAACUUGCUGCACUGACUGGGGCCAGUUCUUCCUCAUCCAGGAAAAAGGACAGUCAGCCCUUGUGGGCAGCUCCUAUAUGAGUGCCCUGGAGAUUGGGGGCCUUGUGGGUAGCAUUGCUGCUGGCUACCUCUCAGACCGGUCCAUGGCAAAGGCGGGGCUGUCAGUGUAUGGAAACCCACGCCAUGGACUGUUGCUCUUCAUGAUGGCUGGGAUGGUGGGGUCUAUGUACCUCUUCCGUGUCACAGUCACUAGUGACUCCCCUAAGGAUGCUGCCUUCUGGACACCAGCUCUACACCCUCUGGCUGAGCUCACGGGCUUCACGGAGCAUGAGCUCUGGAUCCUGGUGCUGGGUGCCAUCUUUGGUUUUUCCUCCUACGGUCCCAUUGCCCUGUUUGGGGUCAUUGCCAAUGAGAGUGCCCCUCCCAAUUUGUGCGGGACUUCUCACGCCAUUGUGGGGCUAAUGGCCAAUGUGGGUGGAUUCCUGGCUGGGUUACCUUUCAGCACCAUUGCCAAGCACUACAGCUGGAGCACUGCCUUCUGGGUGGCAGAGGUAACCUGUGCCAUCAGUACCGUGGCCUUCUUCCUCCUCCGAAACAUCCGAACCAAGAUGGGUCGGCUGCCGAAGAAAGCUGACUGAGGGCGGGCUCAGGGGCAUUGUUUGGUGCCCAUGGGUGCUCUCUGGUUGUUACCUGGCAUUGAGCCUUUGGCUUCCCUUUUCUGCCUCUGCCUCACGUAGGCAUUGGGGUUAUCAUUACAGAAGAGGGCUCCAGUUCCCAACACCCUUUGCCUGUCAAUUUAUUUAAAUUAUAACCUUUGUUCUCAGGCUAUGGCAGUGCUCCAUCUUGUGCCCAAAACAAACAGUUGCACAACUGAGCCUGCGUCAGGGUUAGAUUCCCUGUGCCCAACUGCUUCCCACUUCUGCUCCUCUCCCUUUGGUAUCAUGGUAGUCCCUGGCCAGAAGGGAGACAGUUUGGUCAGUGCCAGAGCCAGACCCACAUACUACUGACCGAGAACACCCGCAGACACUAGUUUUGAGGACUUGGGACUGUAGUGACACCUUUUCUACUCUGUGGUAUUGGAAUAGGGAGUGAACUCAAGCAUUGUAACAAAAGGAAAAAAAAAUUUGAAAAAAAAAAAAAAA